AUGGUACGUCCAUCUAAACUUCGAUAUUAUAUUAUUUAUUCACAAGCCAAAGCUGCUGCUCAAAUAGCAAGAGAACAAGCUGUAAGAGAAAAUGCUCAGCUCCUUGAUGAUUAUUUAGUUGAAAGAUAUCGAGCCAGAAGAUAUCGAAUUUUCGUUGAUAAAGAACGAACUCAACCUCUUUGCAGUGGAAUGUUGCUAAUCAGCCUUAAAUCUACUGGUUUAUGUCCGCUUAUCGUUUGCACAUCGAGCA